GAGUGGAGGAAUGGAGUCUACUGGGUUUGUUUUAAACAAUAUAGAGGAAUCUGAUUUCUUAGACUUCUUAAUACCGGAUUUGAAUGAAAGCAACUAUGAAGAGAGCUUGAAUGAUACUAGUGACUUUGUUUGCCCAGAAACCUUCCAGGAUGAACCACUUGGCACACUUGUCCACUUUCAGAGAGUCUUUAUCCCUCUGGUUUAUACACUGGUUUUCAUUUUGGGUUUCCUGGGCAACAGCCUUGUGCUUCUUAUCCUCAUAAAGUUUCGCCGCAGUCGAUCUACUACUGAGAACUUCUUGCUUCACCUUGCCUUGGCUGAUCUUCUCUUGCUAGUUACUUUCCCAUUUGCUAUUACAGAGUCUGUGGCAGGCUGGGUGUUUGGCAGAUUUCUCUGUAAGCUUGUAGGAGUCAUCAGUCGUGUCAACUUUUUCUGCAGCAACCUCCUCCUUGGGUGCAUCAGUGUGGACCGUUACAUAGCCAUAAUCCAUGCCAUCCAUACCUUUAGAAGUCGACGUUUGGUGGCUGUUCACCUCCCCUGCUUUGGGGUUUGGGCCUUAUGUUUCCUACUGUCAAUGCCAAAUCUGUUUGUUUUGGAAAUACAGGAAAAUGGUAAUGUAACAACAUGUACAUACCACCAAAGCCACUUCCCCAGCAGUAGAUGGUGGCAGACAGGAAGAUUUCUCAAUCACAUUGUGGGUUUCUUGGUCCCACUAAUGAUUAUGGGAUUCUGCUAUGCUCACAUUGUGACUGCUCUUUGUCGAUCUCCGCGAUUAGAGAAGAAAAAAGCGGUAAGACUGGCCAUAUUGAUCACUGUAGUCUUCCUCUUAUGCUGGACCCCCUACAAUGUUACAGUGUUUAUUGACACUUUGGAACAGCUGGGACUGGUGCAGAGCUGCAAAGUCCGGAAGGAGCUUCCAUUUGCAAUCACUGUCACAGAGUUCCUGGGUUCUGUGCACUGUUGUCUCAAUCCUAUCCUCUAUGCAUUUGUGGGGGUAAAGUUCAGGAAUGAUGCCCUGCGAAUCCUGCGCAAAGCUGGCUGUUUCCGUUCACUGAUAUCAGCAGUCCCACUACAUUUUGAUAGAAAGAGUAGUGCCACUGACUCUGAAAAUGGUACAGUCAUGUACAGCUUCUAGGGUGUGCCUUUUUAAUGAUGA